AUGGCACCACAACCUCGCGAGGCUAUCGAGUUCAAGACGCUCAGUGGCGUCAAGUUGCGCGGCUGGCUCUACCCAGCGGAGCAACGCGGACCUGCAAUUAUUCUUUCUGCAGGGUUUAACAUGCCCAAGGAUGUAGUCGUUCCAGAUAUCGCCGACUGGUAUAAUAAGCGUGGCUUCACGUCUCUCAUUUUUGAUACAUUUGGUAUCGGCGCCAGCGAGGGUGAACCCAGAAAUGAUAGCGACAUGAUGAGGCGAAUUGAUGAUUUCAGCGACUCUGUUACCUGGCUUUCCCAGCACCCUCUGGUAGAUCCGGACAAGAUUGCGGUCUGGGGUCUCUGUUUCGACGGCAACAUCAUGCUCGCUACUGCAGCUCACGACCGGCGAAUCGCCGCCGUCGUGGCUGUCGCGCCCAUGAUAGAUGUCACCGGUGACCCCGAACGCCGCGAAGCCAUCUUCGAGCUCGGACUCGAGGACCGCGCCGAUCGUCUGGCUGGUGGGGAGCCUCUGUAUCUGCCCCUAGUCGAUGAAGACGGUUGUACGCCGCUUAAUCAGUAUUUGGGCACCUUCUUCACGACAAUGGACAGCAUGGGCAUGCCUGUCGAGAACCGUGUCACGGUCCAAACUUACAUGCGAUGCCUCACCUGGAGCAUCCUGCAUCUACUGCCCAAGAUCAGCCCGACGCCGGUCAUCAUGGUGACGCCCGAGCACGACCAGGUAUUUCCAGCCAGUAGGCAGAAGGAGGCAUUUGACAUGCUGUGUGAGCCGAAAGAACAUUGCAUUCUUACUGACAAGCAUCACUUCAAUUGGAUGUUUGGAGAUAUGGAUACCGCUUUCAAUAAGCAACUCGAGUUUUUGAAGAAGCACAUGCGGCUCUGA